AUGGACUUGCAAAUUAGCGAAGAAGAAAUAUUAAAGGAGCUUUCAGAAAUUUCUCCUUCAAGCUGAUCUAAUAUUCCAAGCCCAAUUAUCGCUGCGAUAUCAACUUUAGUUAAACUCUUCAAGUAUGAUCAUGAAUGUUUAAUUGCUUUAAAAGCCAAGCCUCAAGAAGCUUCGGAAAAUUUAUCCUCGCCUUCAGUAUUAAGUUCAUAUCCAAGCUUAAAUCAAUCAAUCAAUCAAUUAUUCAGCAGGCAAGCCUGCAGCAAACCCUUAUGGGUUUUUUGUUAUAAUCCAACUAUCUAGAGAUUUCUGCCUAUUAACUUUGCCUUCAGUAGCGCCGGUAGCUGUAGCUCCCUUUUUUGCCUCCAGUUCUUUCAUCUUUGCUUUUAGGAUUCCCUCAUGAAACAUCUUGAUAUGCCUGUCUAUGUCAGCAAUCAAGGCUACACCCCUUUCUUCUUCUAGAGUCUUCAGGAAUUCUUCGAAGCGAUUGCCAUAUAGGGUGAUCUCCAUCAAUCUGAACUGCCUAAGUGGAACUUGCAACUGCUCAAGUUCUUUUUCCAGCCUUGCCCUCAGGGGACCGAAUCUCGGGCAGACUUCUAGCAUGUGUUCUUCUGUUUCAUCCACAUCACAUGUGCCGCAUUUACCAGAUGGUACAAGAUGCCUGAUAUAUGCAUUGUAAUUGCUGUAGUUGAAGCCCGCUCUUAGCCUGUGUAUCGCUCCUGCAGCCAAUUGCCUAUCAAGAUUAAACCUCAUAAAUGUAGGGAUGAAGCUGAACGUUGCACCAUCCUUUAGCCAUCUCCAAAGCCUGGUCGUUCUUUCUGUCUCCGUCUUUAGUCUGUGCAAGACCUCUUUCAGAUUGAGAGCUGAGACUUUGUUAGUCAGCAUGAGUUCCCAUUUCCUUUUUUCCAGUGAGGUGAUGCGCUCUUUAUCUAAAAAUUCAUUUAGUUCAAACUGAUUUAGUAGGGACGUGCAGUUUCUUUCUCACGGCAGUUCCUCAUCCCUGUUCGCCCUAACAAUUUCCUUCAUAAUUACGCUUCUAGAUCCGAGCACCCUUUUUCUAAAGGUCAGGACUCUCUUCCGUCAGUGAUUUCUAAUCGUUAUCCAGCCCAGAUCUUCCAGUGAAGUUUCACGAGCGAUCCCUUUCGGAGCGUUUAGCAGAGUUCUAGCUAUUUUCAUCCUCUCCCUUUCUAAUAAGUCCAGUAGUUUCUGAUCCCAGUCACUUUGCAUACACUCUUUAGCAUAUAGUGCCGUCGAGACUGUGUGAGCCUCAGCUAUUACUGCCCUUCUGACUAUUGGCAAGGAUUUAAGCCCAGAGUUAAUCCCUUGGACUGCUCUGCACGCCGUUUUCAUUUUUUCUAAUGUCAACUUUUGGUCCGUCUUCUUCUCCAAGCGCUUUUCAGUAAAUUUCCCUAAGCAUUUAAAUUUGUCGACCCUCUCAAGCUUUAAUCCACCGAGCCGUAGGGAUUGAUCGGUUAAUUUCUUUCUGUAAUCUAUCCAGAUCGAUUUAGCAAUAUUUAUUGACAGUGAGAACUCAUAAGCUCAUGCACAGGUGAUGUCACAGAGUAGCUGCAGGUGUCCAAUGUUUCUAGCAAUUAGGACAAUGUCAUCAGCGUAUAGUAAGAUGCCUAUCCUUGGCCCAUUCUUUCGUAGCCUGAUUCCUAAAUUGGAUUCAUCAAUCUUUCUUGCCAGCACAUCUGGAAUAAAGUUGAAGCAGAGUGGAGAGGAGAUUCCACCUUGUCGGACUCCUUUUUUUAUGUCUAUUUGCUCAGUUAGAUGCUCAUUCACAAUUAUGCGACUUCUUCCCUCAUAGUACAUUGCCUGCAACAUGCCGAUGGAAUCACUGCUUAUUCCUCUGUCUCUCAUAGUCCUGUAAAUAUCUGCAUGCCUAACAGAGUCAAAGGCCUUACUGAUGUCCAGGAAGGCACACACCAGGCCUUUCUUUUUCUUUCUACUGUGAGCCAGAAUCGUGUCCAGGGCAAAAAUCUGAUCUCCGGUAGACAUGUUUGGCAUAAAGCCAGCUUGUGCUUGGUGUAUCAAGUUUCCUUGACAAACAUCCUUUAAGAUUCUCUUCGUCAAAAUUUUGUCGAUUAUCUUGUAGAUAGUGUUCAGCAGGGUGACAGGCCUGAAGUCUUGAGGAUCCCGAGAUCCAGGCUUCUUCGGCAGGAGCAUUACUAGUGCUGAGUUCAUUUCCUUGGGGAGUUUUCUUUCCUUCCAUAUCUGCUGUAUCAGUUUAUGCACAACGUCUCAACCAAUUCACCACCGCCCUUGAUUAGUUCGGCCGGUAGAUUAUCAGGACCUACCGCCUUUCUGUUCCCUAGCUGCUUGAUAGCGUCGCUAACUUCUUCCUUAGUUGGGACCAGCGGGUCGCCGUUAUGGCCAGGCUGAUCUCACCCAGAGUCCUGAUACUGGUAUUUCCACCAGUCCAAAAUUUUGCCUUCUUCGCCGCUCGUGAAUUUGACAGGGCCAGCUCUCCUCGCCCUCUUGAUUCUUCUCACUAGCUCCCAUUCAUCUUUUGCGCCUAUAACUGCUCAUUCUAUCUCCCUUUUCAUUCGUGAGCUCUGUUUAUCCUGCUUCAGUUGGUGCUUAAAUUCUUUCAUCAUGGCUCUGUGCUUUUUCAUUUCCUCCAGGUAUUUGGGUCUAUUGCCUGCAUUAAUCGCUUUGAAUGCCUUCCAUUUAUGCCUCCUCGCUGUCCUUAGUGCAAUAAGUGAGCCUCUACCUAGUCCUGGCCUCUCCAAUCGCGUUGUUUUGCCCAAAACCCUUCCACCGACAGUCAAUAGCCCAUUAACAAGGGCGUUAUACAGUGACUCCGAAUUGUGCUCCUCUGCCAUCAGGCAUCCUAUUUCUCUGUGCAGCGCCUUCUGGUAUACGUUCAGGUAUACUCUACUCUGGAGUCUGUCAGUUCUGAUUCUUUUCCUAUCAGGAGUCUUCUUUCUAACUACUGGGGCGAGGAUCUUAACUAUAAGCGGCAGGUGAUCACUUUUUAUAGGGUUUCCAGGGCAUGUAUCAAAGUCGGUGAUUGUAUCAGCGGAGUCUCAGUCAGUAGCACAGUAGUCCAGGCAGAAAACAUUGCCUGAUGAGUGCGUGUGGGUGGGCUUAUCAAGGCUCAUUAGCUUUAGCUGUCACUCCUUGCAAAAUUUGAUCAGUCUUUUUCCGUUUUGAUUGGUUGUACCAGAAUACCAUCCAGCGACGUGAGCAUUGAAAUCUCCGAGAACCAGCGUUCUUUGCUCUGCAGCCCUGAUCUCCCCAAUCUGUAUGUUUAGCUUCUCAUAGAAAUCUUCCAACUCCUCUUCGAUUGCAUUCUCCACAGGGCAAUAAGCUUCUAUAAUCACGAAGUCACCGAUCAUUAAUCCUAUUAUUCUCGAGUCAUGUAUUAUUAGCAGCCGUUUCAGUUCAAGAUUAUUCCUGUAGAUGAAGGCUACACCUGCACUAUGGCCAAUUGCAGGCGAAUGGUACCAGUUGUAGCCUGGAACAUAAGGUGCCUUAUCCUUCUCCUUCAGGUAAGUCUCAUAGAUGCCCAGGAUGUCUAGGUUGUGUUCUUCGAUGAAUUCUCUCAGUUGUUCUCCUUUUUGGUUGACUCCAUACACAUUCACAUGUCCGACCGUAAGGACUCUGCUCACACAGAUCCUUUUCCUUCGAUGCUCGUCGCCAUCUGCUCAUGGAUAACUUCUCUUCCCUUCUUGUAUGUAGGCGUUUCAAGAGCUACAGGUGCUGCAUGAGUGACGAGUGGCGCAUGAGCCUCCAGCGUUACAGGUGCUACAGGUGUUUUUAGCUCCACAGGUGCUACAGGUGUCAUCAAAAUUGCAAGGGCUACUUGUGUUUCUAGACUUGCAGGUACCACUUGUGCUUCCAGCAGCAUAUGCGUAAGGGAUGCUUCUAGCUCUACAGGUGCUGCAGGUGCCACCGAUAUAACAAGUGUUGCAUAUGUUGCAUGUGUCUUCAGUAUUCCAAGCGCUACAGGUGCAUCUGGCUCUGCAAGUGUUACAGGUGUGUCAUAUACCGCAUGUGCUACAGGUGAUUCUUGCUUUACAGGUGUUGCAAGUGCCUCUAAAUCUCCCUGCAUUAUUGGUAUGCUCUUCAGGUGCUGCGUGCUCUACAAGAGUUUCUUGUUCUACAGGUGUUUCACGUUCUACGGGUGCUACAUGUUCUACGAGUACUACAUGCUCUACGGGUGCUGCAUGCUCUAUAGGUGCUGCCUGUUCUACUGGUGCUACAUGUUUUACAGGAGCUACAUGUUCUACAGGUUCCACAUGCUCUGCAGGUGUUACACAUCCUACAGGUGCUAUAUGUUCUACAGGAGCUGCAUGGUCUUCAGGAGCUACUUGUUCUACAGACGCAGCGGAUUUCUUUAGAUUAUCGGCUUUACUGAACCCUUGACCUCCAUUUACCUCUAUAUACGAUGAACUACUUAAAUUAUCCUGCUCCUCGUACACCAGCUUCUGCUUCAAUUCCUCCCUGGCUGCUCUACUCAUCUUCCUUUCUUCUUCCCUCUUUUCUCUUUUUAUCCUUCCCUUCUCAAGCCGCUCUGCCUUUCUCCAAACUAUUGCAUCGUGCCCUUUUUCGUUGUGACCAAUCUUACCGCAUUUUUCACAGAAGAGUGAGGCAGCAUGAUUCAGCCAGAUUUUUCUUCCAUUGAUCAUAAUUUCAUCAGGUAGGUCAAGCGCAUUCUCUACCGCGCACGAAUUCCCCAUACAGGGCAUAUCUGGAGUUGGAGCUGAAGUGGACAUCAUAAUUUUCUUCACCGAUUUUUACGGUGUUAUCUACUGUGACUUCAACGAUGCGACAUAGUUUGUUUAGCUCCUCAAUGAGUUCUUCAAGGGAUGUUCCAACUGGAAUCAUGACCUGUAUUCUGUAUCGAAGAAAGUUAAUGUCUCCACCCUCAAAGACUGGGCCAGAUGGAACCAACAAUUUCCUACCCUCAUGAUUGACUGCUAACCUGCCUCUCGAUUUGAAGUCUUCCCACGCAUCGUUUUCGGCAAAUGUCACUAUGGCGUCUCCAGAUGGUAGCAUCAGGCUUCUUAAGACGUCUCCUCCUCUAGUGCUAGCUUCUAGGGCCAGUAUGAACGAGUUGUACAGCUCUUUUCUCAUGUCGCCUUUUUUCCUUACCACAUAUUUCGACAAAUAGAACUUCAAGGUCUUUUCUUUGCAAUUAGUGUCUUGAAUUUUUGGCAGCAUGUCGUUGGGUGCCCUAUAUCCAAAGCAAACUCCACCUCUACCAAAACCCAGAACCUGAAGUCCUUCAUUUCUGGUGGCCUUGAGGCUGAACCCUGCCUGUUUAUUUUCACCCAUGUUAGAUUAAAAAAGUCCAAGCUUAAAUCAAUCAAGAAGAAACGAUGAAGCGCUCAUGUUUAUUGAAAAUAAACUUAAAAGUGGCCUCGCUGACAAUGAAAUGUUUAUGCAUAGCCAAAUCAAAAGGCUUGAAAAACUGACAAAUGAUUCUAUUGAAGAAAACAAUAAACAAAUCAAAGAAAUUUCUCAAAAAAUAGCUGCUAUAACCAGAAGUUGCCAUAAGAAUGAAGAAAACUUUGCUGCAGCAAUAAUUUCUUGGAAAGAUGAACUUACUAAUGAUUUUUCGAUGAAAUUAAAAGAGGAGACAAACUCACUUUCAGCAGAAAUCAAAGAUAUUUCUGACUAUAUGGAUAGGUUUGAAAAGGCCAUGAAGAAUUCAAUACUUUUAAUAGAAAAUGAAACUCAAAACCAUUUGGCAAAAACUUCAUUAGAGAUGAAAGCAGAAGUUAGACUACUCAAAAGCUCCUCUGAUAAAGGGAAUGAAAAUACAUUAAAACUGAUUACUGCAAAAAUUGAUGAAUUAACCCAAAAUUCAUGAGCGUUUAAUAUGAAAAUUUGCGACGCCAUAAAAGAUCUGGACUCAAAAAUGGUGCAAACUUUUUAUAAAAUUGAUAAGAAAGAAAAAGAUGCUACAAAUAAAUUGGAUGGAAUUGUGAAUAAAGCGCUAUAUAAAGUAAAUAUGAUUGAUGAUAUAAUAAUUCAAGCAGAAAAAUCGAGAAAUGGCUUAAUAGAAGAGCUGAAAGCUUUUAAAGAGGAAAUUAAUGAAUUUCUAGAAAAAAAAUCAACAAAAUUAGCUGAAUCCCACGAUAAAAAAUUAUUGAAUAUUAAAGAAGACCUUCGUGGAUACCUAGAUGAUGAACUUAUAUUUAUUAAAUCCCCCUUUAAAUUGGAAUAAAUAUAAGUAAAAUUUCCAUUUUUUUUGAAUAAUUUAACCCCUUUUGAAUUGGAAAAUUUAUUUUAUAGGUUAAAAUACUAAUUAUUAUAAAUAAAAAAUAAAUUAAAAUUCAAAAAUAUCGGGUUCAAUUUAGAAAAAUUUAGUAUAAUUUGUGUUUUUUUAAAAAAAAUAUAAAUUGAAAGGGGAGUAAGAAAAAGCUUGAAUGGCUUCCAAUGGAUUUUUCAGAAAUCAAAGAUUUCAAUUCAGUGGAAGCUCGCUUAUAUGUAUUAGAAACUAGAUUGAGGACAGAAGAAAAUAACCGAAUUUCAGAGAGAGAAAAAAUUCAUCAAGGUAAAUAUUAAUCAGAAAUAUUAAACAUAAAGAUUGAUCAUAAGCCUCAAAUUAAAGUCACAGCAAGCCGUCCUAAGUGUUCAACUCCAAUGGCUCACAGAUCUAAAACUCGAAAUUCACAAAUUAUAAGAAAAACAAUUUCUCCUGGAGGAGUGUGCAGCAUUGAUUCAUGAAGAACUUCUAAAACUCCUAAGUCAUCUUAUUUGACAUUUACAAGAAGUUUUCAAACUCCUAAAGGUAUAAAACAAUUUGAUUUUACUAACCCAGAGUUCAAAUUUAUUUUAAAUCGCCUUAUUAAAUUUUUAAAUAAAUAAUAAAUUUAAAAUUAUUUUAAGAAAAAUUAAAGAUUCAUCAAUAAUUUUACAAGAAAGUUCAUCUGAAUCCAGGCCAAAAUCCCCAGACUUAGAACAAACUGCAAUUCUAGAAAGAUACAAUAAUGAAGCUAGACAUCUUAGUAUAGUCACUGCAUGUUUUCCUUCAAAACCAUCAUCUUUUGAUAUAAAACAAAAUGAUGUAAACACUAAUAUUUAA